AUGAAGGUUUUUGAUAAGAAGUGUGAUACAGCUAAAGGAUAUUCAAGAAUAGGUUUGCCAUUUCAGAGAUCUAUGACAUUCAGGGAUGUGGCCAUAGACUUCUCUCAGCAGGAGGGGGAAUAUCUUGACUCUGUUCAGAAGAAUUUGUACCGAGAUGUGAUGAUGGAGAACUAUGGUAACUUGGUCUCACUUGAUUUGAAGUCAAGGUAUGAAAUAAUCAGCUAUGAAAAUGUACGCAUUUAUAAAAAAUAUUCAUCUCUUAUUCUACAUCAGAAAAUUCAUACUGGUGAGAAACCCUAUGGAUGUGACAAAUGUGGGAAGGCCUUUAGUCAACACACAGACCUUACAGUACAUCAGAGAAUUCAUACUGGUGAGAAGCCUUAUGAAUGUAAGCAGUGUGGAAAGGCCUUUAAUCAUGCAUCCAACUUUCUGCAACAUCAGAGAAUUCAUACUGGUGAAAAACCCUAUAAAUGUGAGGAAUGUGGAAUGACUUUUAGUCAUAGGAUAGAACUUAGAGUUCAUCAGAAAAUUCAUACUGGGGAGAAACCCUGUGAAUGUGAAGAAUGUGGGAAAGCCUUUAGUUGUGCCUCACAUCUUACUCAACAUGGCAGAGUUCAUACUGGUGAGAAAUCCUAUGUAUGUAAUGAAUGUGGAAAGGCCUUUAUUCAAGGUAGAAGAAUUAGAAUACAUCAGAGAAUUCAUACUGGUGAGAAACCCUAUGAAUGUAAGGAAUGUGGGAAGGCCUUUAAUCAAGCCUCUCAUGUUGUGCAACAUGGUAGAGUUCAUACUGGUGAAAAACAUUAUGAAUGUAAGGAAUGUGGGAAGGCCUUUAGUCAUGCCUCAAAUCUUGUUCAACAUGAGAGAAUUCAUUCUGGGGAGAAGCCCUAUAAAUGUAAGGAAUGUGGGAUGACAUUUAGUUCUGGCUAUCAACUCAUUCCACAUCAGUGAAUACAUAUUGUCAUGAAACCCUAUGAAUGUAUUGAAUGUGGGAAGGCCUUUAGUCAUGCUUCAGCACUUAUUGAACAUGAGAGAAUUCAUACUGGUGAGAAACCCUAUAAGUGUAAAGAAUGUGGGAAGGCCUUUUUUCAUGGUGGAAGCCUAAGAAUGCAUCAGAGAAUUCAUACUGGUGAGAAAACUUAUGAAUGUAAAGACUGUGGGAAGGCUGUUAGUCGCACCUCAAACCUUGACUGACAUGAGAGAAUUCAUACUGGUGAGAAACCAUGUGAGCGUUAA